AUGAUGUCAGAACAGGAUCUGGCGGACGUGGUGCAGAUUGCAGUAGAAGACCUGAGUCACCAUCACCCAGUUGUAUUGGAGAAUCAUGUAGUGACAGAUGAAGAUGAACCAGCUUUGAAACGCCAGCGAUUAGAAAUCAAUUGCCAGGACCCCUCUAUAAAGUCAUUCCUGUAUUCCAUUAACCAGACAAUAUGCUUGCGAUUGGAUAGCAUUGAAGCCAAGCUACAAGCUCUCGAGGCUACUUGUAAAUCAUUAGAAGAAAAGCUGGAUCUGGUCACGAACAAACAGCACAGUCCCAUCCAAGUCCCCAUGGUGGCGGGCUCCCCUCUCGGCGCAACACAGACAUGCAACAAAGUGCGAUGCGCGGUUCCCGGGCGUCGGCAGAACACCAUUGUGGUGAAGGUACCCGGGCAAGAAGACAGCCACAAUGAGGAUGGGGAGAGCGGGUCCGAGGCCAGUGACUCCGUUUCCACCUGUGGACAGUCAGGAAGUCAGAACAUCGGAAACAACGUCACCCUCAUCACCCUGAACUCAGAAGAGGACUACCCCAAUGGCACCUGGCUGGGGGACGAGAACAACCCCGAGAUGCGGGUGCGCUGCGCCAUCAUCCCCUCCGACAUGCUGCACAUCAGCACCAACUGCCGCACGGCCGAGAAGAUGGCGCUGACGCUGCUGGACUACCUCUUCCACCGGGAGGUGCAGGCCGUGUCCAACCUCUCAGGCCAGGGGAAGCAUGGCAAGAAGCAGCUCGACCCCCUCACUAUCUAUGGGAUCCGGUGUCACCUCUUUUAUAAAUUUGGAAUCACAGAAUCUGACUGGUACCGAAUCAAACAGAGCAUCGACUCCAAAUGCCGGACAGCCUGGCGGCGGAAACAGCGAGGCCAGAGCCUGGCCGUCAAGAGCUUCUCUCGGAGAACGCCAUCCUCCUCCUCAUACAGUGCAUCCGAGAGCCUCAUGAGCACGCCGCCACCCACCACUGAAAUACCACAGCCCCAGCCGCAGGCCCUGCACUAUGCCCUGGCCAACGCCCAGCAGGUCCAGAUCCACCAGAUUGGAGAGGAUGGACAAGUCCAAGUAGGUCACCUCCACAUCGCUCAGGUGCCUCAAGGAGAGCAGGUGCAGAUCACGCAGGACAGUGAGGGCAAUUUACAGAUACACCACGUGGGACAGGAUGGGCAGGUGCUUCAGGGGGCCCAGCUGAUAGCCGUGGCCUCCUCAGACCCCACAGCCACAGGCAUGGAUGGGUCACCUCUCCAGGGCAGUGACAUCCAGGUCCAGUACGUCCAGCUGGCGCCUGUGACUGACCACACCACAGCAGCUCAGACGGCCGAGACCCUGCAGCCCACCCUGCAGCCCGAAAUGCAGCUUGAGCAUGGAGCCAUCCAGAUCCAGUGA